AUGACCCAGUUCUUGGAUCCAGAAGAGGACUACCUCACUAUUGCUGCUGCAGAAGAGCAGAUGUCCAUUCGCGCACAGGCGCGUCAGAAGGAACUUGAGGAAGCACGGAAUAACCUUAAAGCCCUCUCCCGGAUCCUCGAAUCUGCCCGUGCCUCCUCCACCCGCCCACCUUCUGUCCCUUCUGCUGAGAAGCACCUCGAAACCGUCAAUGCACUGGACGCGACAGGCCUCCAGCUCGUGAAAGCGAUAAAUGACGCACAGAGUGCAUUGGCGAGUAAGGAGGCGGAGUUGGCGAGGCUGAAGGAGGAGGCGAGGAUGCUUGAGGAGAGCGAUCCGGCGGCAGAGGCGGAGAGCGAUUUGGAUGGGACUGCGUUACGGCUACAGAUCUAUAAAGGCCUUGGGUUCGAGCCCGUACUGGACAGGCACGGCAAUCUCGAGAAGAUGCUCGUUGAGAGCACCUCGGGAGAUAUCCACGUUGUCAACCUCAGAGAAGGGAGAUCCGACUUUGAGAACGCGGAUAGGAUGUGGAAGCUUGCAUCCUCAUAA